UCUCUCUAUCUCUUAUUCAUAAGUCCCUUUCCUUAUUAUUCUUCUCCUUCACUGUCAAUGCAACAUUACUAAUUGAAACAAAUGAAAAGGUCACCUACUACUUCUUCUUCCUCCUCCUCCAUUUCCUCUUCUUCUUCUUCUUCAUCAUGCAUUGUUGCGUCUAGAAUUCAUGAUUCUGACCAACCCAUCAAGCCAACCAAAAAACCCAGAAAGAAAAAUCAAAAUCAAAACCAACACAAAUGCAAGAAUGCCAAUUCUAGUACUCCUAAUGCAGGAAGCAAGAGAAGCUCCAUCUACAGAGGAGUCACCAGGCAUAGAUGGACAGGGAGGUUUGAGGCUCAUCUUUGGGACAAGAGUUCAUGGAACAACAUUCAGAACAAGAAAGGAAAACAAGUAUAUCUGGGUGCAUAUGAUAAUGAAGAGGCUGCUGUCAGAACUUAUGAUCUUGCUGCCUUGAAGUACUGGGGGCCAGACACCACCUUGAAUUUUCAGAUAGAUAACUACACUGAGGAGAUUGAAGAAAUGCAGAAGGUGUCCAAGGAAGAGUACCUGGCUUCGUUGAGGCGGCGCAGCAGUGGAUUUUCUCGAGGAGUUUCUAAGUAUCGCGGGGUGGCUAGGCAUCACCAUAAUGGGAGAUGGGAGGCAAGAAUUGGUCGAGUUCUUGGUAACAAGUAUCUCUAUCUCGGAACUUAUGAUACACAGGAAGAGGCAGCAGCAGCAUAUGAUAUGGCAGCAUUAGAGUACAGAGGAGCAAAUGCAGUGACCAAUUUUGACAUUAACAAAUACAUUGAGAAGUUGAAGGAGAAAGGCAUCCAUAUUGUUCUUGAUCAUUUACAAGAACCGAUCGCCAACUGCUCCUCCGAGUCAUCCGAAGAAGCCGAAGCUGAAGUCGAACAACAGGACCAGCAAGAAUUAGCCUGUCAACAACCUGAACCAGAAGCAGGAACUCAAGAUUAUCCUUGCAUAGAGAAUUCUGCAAUGGCACCUCUCAUGGACUCGGACGAGAUCGCUUGGAGCUUCUGUAUGGAACCGGGGUUCAACCCGUUACCGGUCCCCCAAUUUCCCCUCGAAACCCCAGGCGAGUUUGCCGGUUUGUUCGAUGAAAGUAUUGGUUUCGAGGACAACAUUCUUGACUUGAUAUUUGACAGGAAUGUCGACGGGGAGGACGCGGGUUGUGUGGUGGAGAAUAAUGGUAAAGAGAGGUUGAACUCCUCACCAUCCUCUUCAACAACCUCAGUCUCUUGUAACUAUUCUGUUUGGAAAGAGUAGGGGGAGUUGGGAUUUGUUUGAUGGUCUUGUUUUGAGUUUCUGUUGGUUUCUUGGUGUCCUUUUGUCCU